AUGAGCGAAAAUAAUUUCAUUUUUUGUGUUUUUAGGUUGGCUUCUAUCAGUGAAAGGCGUGUAAAACAAGACCAAAGAAAAGUAGAGGAUACCCUUUCCUCAAACAGGCAGUCUGACUUGGAAAAAGAUUUCUCGUCGUUUUUCGAUGAGGAUAGGCUGGAUGCAUGCGAAAAAAUGCUCUCCAUUUUUCAGAAAGAAGAGGAUGAAUUUAACUACAUUCAUUAUCCGAGACUGGCCUGCAUAAUACUAGAGGUACUGAAAUCUGGCUCCCAGAUGCUAAUAAAUAAAUUCUUGGGUAACUAGUUUACGCAAAGCUAUUGACCCUAAAAUCCAACUGGGAAUAGACAUAGCUUAAUUUGUUGUUGUUGUAGUUGUUUUUUUUUUAUGUCAGUUUCUCUUUUCAUUAUCCUCCUCAGUCCUGUCGAUCUUUCGUACACUUCUUUCCGCACCUGUGAGUCUCGCCUUCAUCAUUGUACCCUUUUCUCAUGGCUUAUCCCGUUUCCGUAGUGGUUUGUGACUUUUCGCAGUUUUAGAUAAACUUGACGUUUCGCAUGCUAGUGAAAAACCAUUUCAAAAGUGAUUAAAAGUGGCUGUUACAGAUUAUGAUGAAAAUGAUUAUGCAAAAUUGAAGAGGAGUCUAGAAUUGAGACUGAGAGCAAAAUUCUUAUCUGUGAAAUUUUAAAAGGCAACAGCAAAUUAAUAAUGCAUCAGCUUUUCACGGCUGAUGCUGACAUUAAAAGGUGGCUUAAGAUCUUGUUUAUAAAAUGUUUCUUUUAUCUUGCAGUGAUUAUUUAAAUUGCCUGACCCUAAAAUUUCAAAUUUAUCCCACUUGAUAUUAUGUCUGAUGGUAGUUUCGGCACGGUCAGCAAUAGUUGACGUGUGGUCAUUUUUAGCGAUGGCCUUGAAAUGUUAUGGGUGACAAUUCGAAAAAUGAAAUAUACAAAAAAUGUUGCCUGUGCCGCAGACGCUCUAAACCUUUUAUAUAGAGCGUCUGCGAAUUAGUGCGCAAUAUCGUGUUCGAAUCCUGCAGAGUUGCAAGGACGUAUGUCCCGCGUUUUUGAUUUGCUAGUUUCUUGAGCAUUUUUUGAUUAGUCCGAUUUUAAUUAAGUGACAGGCCAAAGACGACUAAUAGCUCGUUACAAGGGAAGUUGAGCUUGUGAUAGCGUGAAACGUGACCUUAGAGUCAGCUUGAACAACAGAGGUUUUUCUUGCUCUCUCUUUGCGUAGUUUAUGCAGUGCAUGGAGUAUUAUACACUUUGACUGAGCAAAACUUUUUUUGGCCGCUUUGAGUCUCACAUGUAGAGGUUAUGAAGCUGGUCUGUUCCAUGCAUAUUGAGUAAUUCGCUCCUGCGGUUUAUGUUUCUACAGAUGUUUUCUGACAGGAUUUGAUCACAUAUGCAGUGUACCAAUAAAUGAUUAGUGUACCAUUAAAUGAUUUUCUUUUAUCGCUGUUUUAAGCCUUAAGCCUUAAGCUUUUGUUUAUUGCGGCUAAAUAACCUUAGUUUCUUUGGUUUUCUCCGAAAUGCCUGGACCUGAAUAGCUACAUGUGUGUAGUUGUUUUUUGUUUUUGUUUGUUUUUUUUUUUUUUGUAUCGAGAAUAUCAUGUUUUCCUGAUUGGUUUUGACGCUUGAACUGUCGGCUAGAUUGCGGAAUACGCGGCAGUACAUCUGCAGCGAUAAGAAGACGCUGGAAAACUAGUCGGCAAAUUUACAAGCGAUUUCUGGCCUUGAAGGAAUUCUCUCAAAGCAUUUUUUCUCUUCAGAAGAAUGCUUUCAAGUUCGAACUGCUCUUUCAUUGUUCAUUGCCGUGAACGAUCCUUGCCAACUCCCUUCUGUGAAUUUUGAGAUGUCACUGCGCCCAGCCGUCACGCACACGUAAGAAUUAGGCCAAUCGUGAGGCGCAUAAGAAACGCGUAAGAAACCCGCCCAUAAGAAACGCUCACAUAUGUCCUUGCGACUCUGCAGGAUAUUAGAACGAGUUUUUGUUCACUAAUUCGCAGAAAGACUAUACAAAUGGUUUAGACGAGGGCGUGGGAUGGCUGCAACGCAGGUUAAAAAAAUACGGCUUUUCAUAUUGUUUAUCACCGCUGUUUGUGUUUUAUUUUUGGUGUAGUUUCAUGAUUUUUGUUGUGCGUUUACACUGUUAUUAUCAGAAGUAUAUUUAUGACUUAUUGUUUUCUAGUAUCUUGUGUCCCAUUCUUUCUCAGCAUGCUUUCCUAUUCAGUCUUCCCCUAGUAAAUAUAACUCUCUAUACCGUAAAAUCCCAUGUUAAAGCCCUGGGCUUAUAUAACUCCAUAAGGGUUUUUGGGUGGGCUUAUAAACGAGGAGGACAUUUAAACUGAUAAGAGAAAAAAAAAGUUCGGAACGACGAGAUAAAUUUCGUAUCUGAGAAACUAAUUAAAGCAAACAUACCAUUGUAUUUAGAAUUACAUCUAUAAUACCUUUAUUGUGGGACACAGAAAACGGAGAAUGUGUUUCAAAAACAUCUGUAAAACACACGCGAAUGGAACAACUGGAACAGAACAGAACGAAAGUCGAAAAACUACAAACCUUAACUAAUCAAUUUGCCUGUUUACCGGGAAACGGUCCUAUCGGUAGCAAAGUUCAUAUGUAAAUGUAAAUGUAAAUGUCGCGAUUGAGAGGACAAACAUACAUGUCCUCUUUACAUAGCUUUCUGCAGUGGGCUCGGACAUCAGCAUACUAACGGCGCUGAUGGCAGCCGCUAUCAGUCCAUUUAUGAGCCCACUGAACCCUCCCAAUCCAUGAUGAGUGAUGAUGUAAGUGAUGAAGAUAGACCACAACACCGUGAACUACGUCCCCUACUCUUUUCGAAUAGUGUGUGGGUUCUUUAACGUCCCACAGAGUUAUAUGUGAACAAGGUUUGUGAGACGGGACCUCCGGUUUAUCAGCAGAUGUCAUUACAAAGACAGCACUUUCUCCUCAGUUAUUUUUAAGACCCUGAGUGUUGGUCCGGCCAGGAUUUGAACUCGCGACCUCCCGCUCAGCAGACCGGCGCUCUCCCAACUGAGCUAACCGGGCGGCGGUCAUAUUUGUAUUUCAAUGUUCAGAACAGUUUCAUAGUUUCAUAGUUUCAUAGUUCUAAUUCAAGUGGCUACUCUUAUAACUUUUUAUAAAAUAAGUAAGAUAGUACGCGCGUUCUGAUUGGUUAAAAACUUAUGGUUUAUUGUGCCGAAAAACUCAUAGAAAACUGAAACAUGCUUUAAAGUUAUAUAUUUAACAUGCUUAUUGAAUGAGGUUUGAGUAUGUAAUAAAGAAGUGCUAGGAGAAUGAAAUUAGAGUUGAUGUUAGCAUUUUAGGCCAAAAAUUAGGAAAUUUAUUUCUGAAACAAAUAAAUGUGACUGAUUAAUGUGUCGGGGGGAGGGGGAGGAGGGGCGUUCCUGCUAUCCUGGACAUUAUAUAUGUGUUUUUAUGACAUGAAAGCGAGGCACAAGGCCUCUCUGCUAACUUCAACAAGAAAGUUGGGUGUGCCCUCACCUUUGCUGGGAUAACCUUCUUGUGUAUCUGGAUUUCCUAGCUUGAUAUUCUUAAACUCUUGAGGCCAGGCCAAAUUUAUGCCAAACUGAUCUUGUCAUUAUUGGGUAUCCCAGCAAAUAGAGCUCACCCAAAGUGAGACUCCACCAACAGCAAUAACCGACUCAAAAAUACUAUCUAAAGGAACAUGGAGCGUAAAAGCCAUUUUUAGGCUCUGAUCGCCAACCGAUCCUUACCCAUAGAGGAUUCAUCGGUUCCUUUCAUGCAUGAUCAGUAUGAUCUAGGAUCACUAAUCCUCAUCCGGAUCAUCACAGAGGAACGUACCUAAUAAACACCAAUAGACCUUUUUACCGAUACGGCGCCCAUAUUGAAUUUAUUAGAUUUAAGGAGUAUUAUGGUAUGCCCAGGGGGCACUCGCUCAGUAUUUACGCGCGCUUUUUGAGCAAAAAGAGAACUUCGCUGUAUAUUUCUCGGGAAAAAGGCGAUCAUUAUUGCAUCCAAAUACCGCUCAAAGAUCUUUUUUUUUUUCCCCAUUACAAUAUCUUUCUAGGAAAGCUUAAACAGAAAUUGGCCCGAAAAGCGCGCGUAAAUACUGAGCGAGUAUAUCGGAUCGUGCUCAUGCCCCCUGGGCGUCCUGUAAUACUCGUUUAAUCUAAUUAAGAUGGAAUCCAUCAGGAAAUUGAGUAAUUUCAACUGUCAGUAGACAAAAACCUUGUACCAGCACUGAAUAAUUUAAACGAUACCGCAUUCUUUUUUACAUUUUUCAAGAGCUAUAGAUAUAAUUUAAAAUAUCUGAAAUAACACCAAAGACUAUUUCUCAUUGGAGUCUCACAAAAUAAAUGUCAGAGUUCACAGAAAUUAUGAAAACACGUGUAAAAUUAUGAAAAUUUCAUGUGUAAGAUGUCAUUUUGUGAAAUUCGACAUUCUUUUUCUCGGGCUCCCAUGAGAAAUUUUCUUUCAGGUGUUUUUCUUUCAGAUAACUUAUUACAUCUAUAGCCCUUGAAAAAUGAAAAAAAAGAUUGCGAUAUUAUUUAAACUAUUCUGGUACAAGGUUUUUGUCCACUGAAAAUUACAAUUACUCAAUUUCCUGAUGGAUUCCGUCUUAAUUCAUUAUGGCCGCCAUAUCGGUAAAAAGGUCUAUUGAAAAAUAAAAACUGCCAGGAUGUAAAAAUGGGUUAAUUGAAAGUGUCUUUUCGUUGAAUCAGGCGGCCUAUGAACAAGUCAAAGAAGCAAGAAACGGGUGCGUCGACUUAUUUAAAGAGUUUACCAGAGUAAUGGUUGAAAAUGCUGCCCAGAUGGGAACAUUUGUUGUAACAAGAAGAAAGGUAGGAAAUCCAAUUUUAGUCGUCCUGUUUUUAAUUACAUGUCAGGCUAGCCCACGUAAUAGCACAAAACAUCUUUAAAAAAAUUCGAAGGAAACUGGAAGCCAUGACCAACUCAAUAUUUUGAUCCAAAAAAAAAAAACUUACAAGGCUCAGGUAAAAGCCAGCAGUUAUCUCCUACCCCAGUUUGUUCACACCUACAAUUAUACGAUUUUACAGACAAAAUUCUAAAAGUAUUCAAUAUUAAGUCACAAAUUUUUCGUGUAAUAUUAUUUCACCUGUAAAAUUAAAACUCUUAUACUACUACAUGAGAAAUUUCUACAAUCUGAUUAGCUUAGAGCAGUGGUAUUUCAGCUUAAUUUGAAAUACCUACAUGUGAAAAUUACAAACCUUUUGCGGGUAGUAGUAUAAACAAAUAAUAGCAUGAUUUGUACGUGAUAUUUGGCAUAAAUACCACUUGCGAUAUUUCAAAAUUGUCUCAAAUUUAGAAAUAUCACUCGUGGUAUUUAUGCCAAAUAUCACUACAAAUCAUGCCAUUACCUAUACAAAUUUGAUCAUCGAAAGAGGACCCCUUAGUUUGCCGCGCCUUUUAAAAGCAGGGAAUGCGUCAAGGAGAAAUCGAUAAAACAUGGUAGAUAGCUAGGCUCCAUUUCCAUCGCUUUCUCCGGUCCCGUCUUGUUUUUCCCCUAGAAGAAACUAUUUGGGUGAUAACGCUUAAACUACUUGUUAUUUAGUAAUAACUAUAGUUGCACUAUUCUGUAAUUUAUAAAGCUUAUGACUCAAAUUACUAAUCAAACAGUCCCAGAAGGGGCUCGCAGUUAUCAAAAUGAGGCCUAAUUAAAGCGUCAUAAAUUUGAAUCGCAGUUUCUUUCGAUAUCAAGGGCCGCGCAAUUUUAGGGCGCCUUAAGAGCUGAAGAGACUUGAUCUCUUUAACGUGUUUACCUUAUCGAGAGUUGAGCAUCUAUGGUAAGACCCAAGGAUUUGGUAUGAUCGACCCUGUUGAUAAUUUGGUCCGCGUCAAUUUUGCUUUGAUCCAGCAAUCAUUAGCUCUGUUUUUAGCAACAAGGUUAUUUAAUUCAGGGGUUAAAGCUAGCUCAAGCUCUGUUAACGUCUUAGCGGAUAACGUAAGAUUGGUGUCACCAGCAAACACUCUUGGUACCGCAACCAGCAAGGAGUUGGGAGAUGAUCUCAUGAUCAGUGGUGUCGAAUGCCUUAGUAAGGUCAAUAAAGAUAACGCCAUUUAGAAGGCCAUAUUGUCGAUGUUUUCUAACCUAGCAUUUAUCGCCUUAAACAAAGCCGUGAGCGUACUAUAUAGAAAACGGAUCCCUGAUUGGCAACCUAGUAGCAAUUUACUAUCAUCUAGAUAAUGGUAAAGUUGAUUGUAACCACUUUUAAAAGAGUUUCGAAACUACAAGGAUUACAUGUAUUGGCCUAUAGUUGUUAGUAUCCGAUUAAAUGAUGCCCUUUUUAAAAAAGUGGAGUUACUUUGGCCGUUUCCCAAUCUAUUCCAUAUAUCCCCGUGAGAAUAGACUUUGAGAAUAUAGAGGUACGAAGAGGGUGCGACGAUACUAGCAGCCAUUUUCAACAAUUAAUUUGCUCGGAAUCAUAUCAAGACCGGUGGGUUUCUUUUCGUCAGUUUUCGACAAAAUGUUAAGCACAACACUUAAUGAUCAGUGGGCUCCAAAUAAGACUCAGGAUUAACCGACAACAGGAAUAUCUUGUGCUAAAUACUUUUGAGUCCAGGAAUUGGUACGAGACCGGGGUGACACGUGUUGGUUGGUGAUUAGCUGACUAAGAUCAUAUAUCGAAAAUAUUUAUCAGAUAGGAAGAAUGGGUGGACGUAUGGACGUACCGACAUACGUACGAACGAUUUUUUCAGAACCAAAAUUUCUUGGAUGCAUAGAUAACCAAGUUCUCUAACUCGUGAUGCUCCGCUGCGCGCUUCGCGAGCUCGGCAUCUCCGCAGUGAACUAAAGCAUAAUUGCAUGAGUCAGAACUCUUUGGGAUAAACAAGGAGAGAUGAAAUGACGACGUUUUGAAGACAGUAAGUCGGCAUUAUUAAGAUUGGUAGCAACAUAAUUACUAGCCUGCAAACUGCAGACGUAUUUUCGGUCGUCGCUUCUCUCCCUCCGAAAAUAGUACUUUUCGGAGGGAGAAAGCGUCGACCGGAAAUACGUCUGCUGUUUGCAGCUGGCUACAUGAUUAACAGCCUGUUCACAGACCCUUUAUUUUCUCUUCAAAGUCCGUCGAGCCCGGGUGAUAAAAUAUAAACCGCAGGGGAUUUAUUGACUGCCAGCGCAAGGAAAAGAACGAAAAGAAAAAUAAAACAUCUGUUUACAGGCUACAUAAUUAAAUACGUAAAAGGAAGUACAAAUGACAUUGUGAUGAAAUAAAAUGUGGCAACAUUUACAAAAAAAGACGUGCUGUUGUCAAAACAUGUAUUUCGCCAGUCUUUUCAGCUUUUUUGUUUUGUCAGUUAUUUAGAGAGAGAAAAGGUUCCGGAGAUCCUUUCCAAUUUACAUUCAAAGCGUGCAUAAUGGAAGAGCCAACCAAAUUCCCAAAGAAUGCCAUGGAUGGAUUGCUACUUUCAUUGAAAGAAAAUGCAGAAAGAUGUUUCCUCGAUAAACUCAUGGAGGUGUGUUGGUUCUAUUAUUUACUAAAUAAUUCAGUAAUUCGCAUUAAAUUUGUUCUCGAAAAGUCUUGUAACAAUGUACAGAUAUACCCCACUCCUCCCUCCUCAUAGUUCUGGAAAGUGAGUGUCAUGGGUUACUGUAUGGGUUACUUGUUUCGUUGAAAUUUCGUCCAAGAAAUAAUAGAACCAUUAUAACACAUGGACCUUGUUGACGUUCGUUACUUGACAUAUCAUAUUUCUUGGCCUUUAUGUUACCAUCAAAGCUACAAGGCAAAAGAUUUCAUUUUGCUGAACUAUAGUAUUCAUCAGACAUGAAUCUUUUUACUCCGAUUGUGUUUAUUUAUUUACUUAUUUAUUUACUCACUAAUUAAUUUAUUUAUUGUCUUGCUAAGGUGAAAUAUAGAUGAGGUUCUUAAUGUAUGCAUUUCUCAUUCAUUUCUCCUGCUCCUUAUAAUUAUUGUAGUACAUUCUGUACGUGAAAGGAUCAGUAACUACAAUAAUGGAGAGGCUAUUUUGUUAACCGGACACAAGGUCAUGAGUAGACAUCUGCUCUUCAUAUUGAGCAUAUUUUUGAAAGGAUGCAUUUACCUAAAAAAAAAUCUUUUUUGCCUCUUUAAUUGACAUACUGUUAAAGAAAAACGUCAACGUUAGAACAUUUACGACAAGUGUGUAAAACAAGCAACUCGAUUCUCAUGCCUUCCUUUAUUUCGCGUAGGGUUUUCUAGAUAAAGUCCUCAUGAAAUGGAACAAGUGGUACGAAGAAGAUAAAUCAUGCUUAUUUACCCCAUCGUACCAAUUACUAGAAAACCUCGAUCAGUACAUUAAAGCUUGCUUACGUUUAUCUUGGCGAAUUGUUACUCAAGUCCCACCGAUGAAUCUUGAGUAUCAAACCCUUAAACUCGAUAUCAACAUCCACAAAAAGUUGGGAUACCACAAUCGUUUCAAGGGGCGAGAAAAAUCACGUCCAUCAGCCCAAGAGAACCAAGAGGAUAUUGCAUGUUAUUUGUGGCCUGGCCUUCAAGAUGGUGGAGGAAGAGUAAUAAGAGCUGGAGAGGUGUUAUGUGUGAUCCCAGAAGAAGAAAAAUCAGGGUAA